GUUGCUUAGACUCUCUCUCACUCUCUCUCUGGGCGUCAAAGCUUGCUGACUGGCAGCACCUGUCUUACUCUUACUUUGUUGGUCUUGCUUAGAUAAUCUAAUUAUUCAGAGUAUUUCUCACAUUUGUCUUAUCCAUUAUUACCAUGACUGAUUCGGGAUUUCCGUUACCACCUGAGGAUUUUUGUCCACUGUGUGUGGAUGGGAUCAGGGACCCUGUCACCAUCCCCUGUGGUGACACCUUUUGUCUGGAGUGCAUCAAAAUCUACUGGGACCAGUUCGACCACAUGGGUGUGUACCACUGCCCCCAGUGCCGUGCAACCUUCACCCCCCGGCCCGUGCUGAGGCGUAACCUGCCCGACGUACACCUCGAGCCACAGCGCCAGCUACCGGAGCUGACCCCAUUUCCCUACAUGCACCGCGAGUCCUUCUGCGAUUUCUGUGUUGGCCGUCGCAGCAAGGCUGUCAAAUCGUGCCUCAUGUGCUUGGCGUACUACUGCGAAACUCACGUCAAGCCUCACUAUGAAUCAUCCACCUUCAAGAGGCACAAGCUGGUGGAUGAGACCGGCCAUCUGGACAGGAAGAUCUGUCCCCAGCAUGAGAAAGGCUUGGAGCUGUUCUGUCGCUCUGACCAGAUGUGCAUCUGUGUGCUGUGCACUGUCAGAGAACACCGCAGCCACAACAUCACCUCGGCAGAAGAAGAGCGCACUGAGAAACAAAAAGUGCUGGUGGUCACUCAGUCUGAAGUCCACUACAUCAUUCAGGAGAGGAUGAAGGAGCUGCAGGAGCUCAAGCAUAAUGUGGAUGUUCUCAAAAAUUGUGCCCAGCGAGCACAGGCGGACAGCGACAAGACGUUCCAUGAAAUGCUCCAGGCAGUGGAGCGAUGGAAGGCUGAAAUCCAUCAGAUGAUAACGGCCAACAUGCAGGCAGCCAUGUCACAGGCCGAGGGCUACGUGGACCGUCUGGAGCAGGAGAUACUGGAGCUGCAACGCAGAGAAGCCGAGCUACGGCAGAUCCUCGAAACAGAGGACAACAUUCAUUUUCUGCAGAAUUUUCCAACCCUGUGUGUUCCUCCUGAGGCCAUGGUGCCCAAAGUGCUCAUCAACCCUCAAUUCUCCUUCGGAGAGAUGAGCAAGACGGCCACAGAGAUGAAGGAACACCUGGAUGACAUCUGUAAGAAGGAACUAAGCAAAAUCUCCAAAACAGUUAGUGAAACCCCUGUGUACAUACUUUUGCCAAGAAAUGGAGAUAAACGACUUAAAGUUCCUGACAAAGUAGAUUUUCAGGAACCAAAAACAAGAAUGGACUUCUUGAGAUACUCCUGUAAGAUGAAUUUCGAUCCAAACACAGUUUAUAAAGAGCUGGUUUUGUCUGACGGGAACCAAAGGGUGACACGGAAGAAAACAGUCCAGUUUUACCAAGAUCACCCGGAACGCUUUGACGGCUUCUCCCAGGUUUUGUGCAAGGAGCCUCUGACCGGUUUCAGAUUUUACUGGGAGGCGGAGUGGAGCGGGGAGUUUUCCAUCGGGGUGGCGUACAAGACGAUCAGCCGCAAAGGCAAGAAUUCACACAGUCUGCUGGGCUAUAAUGACAAGUCUUGGAGUCUCCUCUGCUCGGACUCGGGCUACUCUGCCUGGCACAACAGAGCUGACAAAGACCUUCCUGGUGCUCCCCGUGCUACACGCAUUGGCGUCUACCUGGACUAUGCAGGCAGCACUUUGGCCUUCUACUCAAUAUCGGAGAACAUGGAGCUCAUCCAUCGUUUCAAAGCUCAGUUCAGUGAGCCUUUAUAUGCCGGCUUUGGUGUGGGCUCCUCAGUUACUCUCUGCCAGCUGAGGUCAAAUCAUACGACUUACUGAAAUUUGAAAUCUGAGAAGUUGGAGAAGAAGUGCCUUGUGAAUUUUCAAAGGUUCUGUGUGGGGAUACAAUAUUUUCAGAUAUUAAUACUGGUGUUGUGAAUAAAACAAAAACGUCUAACACUAACAACACAAGGUCUAAAUGUAACUGUUUAUAAUGUAUUAAUGUGAGAGUACCUAUGUUUAUGUAUACAUGAUGUAGUAAAAAUGGAAUCCUUUAUAAGAGUGACUAGUAAUGAAGAAUAUGCACUGUUCAAAUAUGUUCUGCAGGAAUGUGAUAUACUACAAUAAAUUGUAAAUGUCUAAUUCAA